AUUGGACUCUAAACGCUACUCAUCAAAGUAUUAAAAUUUUAUAAAACAAUUAUUAAUUUAUAAAACAUAAAAAUAAACAAAAAAAAAUAAUAAUAUUGUUACAUGUAUUAUUUUAUUUUAAAAAUAGUUAGAAUAUUUGUUUUUUUAAUUAAAAUUUUUUUUUAUAUUUUAUUCAACAAUCAUGUGUAGUGGAUAAUACAUUUUUUUUUUUUUUUUUUAUUUAUUUGUUUCCUGAAAGUAUACUGAAACAUUAAGUGGGGAAUUUACACUUGAGUUUAGUCGUAUUGUUUUUUAGUGAAUGUUGGAUUUGUGUCAACAACAGUACAAACAAAUAAUAACUGAAUUUUUUUUUUAAUUUUGUUAGUUUUAUUUUAUUUUUUUUGUUUUUAUUUUCAUUUAUAAAAAAUGAAAUAUAUUGUUGCACUUGAUGUUGGUACAACAACUGUGAAAUGUCAUGUUUUAAAUGAUAAAGCUGUAUCUGUUGGUUCUGCUGUGAAAAAGGUUGAGCUUCUUUAUCCAAAGCCAGGCUACGUGGAAAUUGACCAAGAUGAUUUAUGGGAUUCGAUAGUUACAGUAUUAAAAGAAGCCGUUAAUGCUAGCAACAUUGACGUUAAAAGCAUUGCAUGUCUGGGCAUAUCAACUCAAAGAAAUAGCUGCUUAUCAUGGAAUAUUGAGACAGGCAAAUAUUAUCACAAAAUUAUAACAUGGAAAGAUCUUCGUGCAGAUUCAAUGGUAAAAAAAUGGAAUUCAUCAUUGGUGUUAAAAAGCCUCAGAACGUUAUCAUAUUUUUUAUAUACAAUAAGCCGAAGAAAAAAAUUUUUAGCUGGAAGUAUGUUUAAACUAAUGAAUUCUCAGAUGACCUUGAGGUUUAAUUGGGCACUACAAAACAUUCCUGGAUUGAAAGAAGAUGGUCUAAAUGGUAAAGCUGUUUUUGGGGGUAUUGACUGUUGGAUUCUUUACAAACUAACUGGUAAACAUAUAACUGAUUAUUCAUGUGCAUCUGCCUCAGGUCUAUUUGACCCUUUUUCUAUGAGCUGGGCACCAUGGGCAAUCAAUUUAUUCAAAAUUCCUUGGAUGAUGAUGCCAAAGGUUGUUGAUACUGCUGGUGAUUUUGGCUGUACACCUGAAGAUAUUUUUGGUAUUUCAGUUCCAAUUAUGUGUUCUAUGGCUGAUCAAUCGGCGUCGUUAUUCGGUAGUGGAUGCUUUCAACGAGGUGAUCUUAAAGUAACCUUAGGUACUGGAACUUUUCUGGAUGUUAAUACUGGAAAAGAAGCCCAUGCAUCUAUUUCAGGCUUGUAUCCACUUGUCGGAUGGAAAAUUGACUCUGAACUGGUGUACAUGGCUGAAGGAUUAUCAAAUGACACUGGAACUCUAGUCGAGUGGGCCAAAGCACUAGAAAUGAUCAAUGAUCCUUCCGAAAUGUCAUUACUAUCAAAUUCAGUUAAAAACUCAGACGGUGUUUAUUUCGUUCCAGCUUUUAGUGGGUUACAGGCUCCAAUAAAUGAUCAUACUGCAGCAACAGGAUUUUUAGGAGUAAAACCAACAACCCGAAAAGCUCACAUGAUUCGUUCAAUAUCUGAAAGUAUUGUUUUUAGAAUUUUACUUUUGUACAAUGCUUUACAAAAAGAAACACGACAAAAAUAUUUUAGCAUUCGAGUUGAUGGAGGUGUAUCAAAAGACGACUUUGUUCUACAACUGCUUGCAGAUUUGACAGGACUACCAGUUGAACGACCUUCAAACACUGAAAUGUCAAUUUUCGGUGUUGCAUUUCUAUCUGGACUUCAAUGUGGCAUUUGGAAAAAUAGAGACGAAUUAAUAAAUUUAAGAAACGUCGACACUGUCUUUAAACCAAAUAAAAAUCGAAUGCUCGAAUAUCAAUCAACAAUAAACCAGUGGAAUCGAGCCGUUGACCGAUUUCAAAACUGGUACUGAUAACGCCUUAAAGCUAAAAUUACGUACCUGAUUUAAACAAUCAAAAUAAAAAAUAUCUUAAUUGAUAUUUCAUAACAAAAAAAAACUAAACAAUAUGUAUUUUUUUAUUAAAAUAAAUACUAGAAAAAUUAAUAAACUAAAAGUUUAAAAAAUUUAAUAAAAAAUAAAUUUAUUAAAAAAAAC